GGUCUGGCUGACCGCUCUUUCUCAGAGAAUGAACUACGGCUCCUGGAGAAGGUCAGCAGCCUCUGAGAGCCAUUAGACGGCCCCUGGCCUUGGCUGGUGCAGGGGUGCAGCAGCGUUGAGUGACCAGGCGGAUGUGCCCCCAGGAAAGUCCCACCCAACCCUUCCAGUUCCUCCUGCUGGUGGGGGUCCCAGUAGCCAGUGCCCUCCUUCUGGUUCAGUGCCUUCGAUGGCACUGGUCUCGCUGGCUGCCAGGAACCUGCCGGAAGCCAGAUGACCAAGAGGAGCCAGUGUCUCCACCCAUCCCGUCACCAGAAUAUGAGGUCCCAAGGCAGUGCCCACCAGCUACACUGCCAGAGGUGGCUGCCUUCUACCAGGAGCUCCACACACCCACCUGGGGCCAGACCAUCACCCGCCAGCUGAUGCAUAAGCUGCUGGUGUUUUCUGCUCGAGAGGUGGAUCACCGAGGUGGCUGCCUGAUGCUGCAAGACACAGGCAUUUCCCUGCUCAUUCCACCAGGUGCUGUGGCAGUGGGUCGCCAGGAGAAGGUGUCUUUGAUCCUGGUGUGGGACCUAACAGAUGCCCCAUCACUGUCUCAGGCUCAGGGACUAGUGAGUCCUGUGGUGGCAUGUGGCCCUCACGGGGCCUCCUUCCUGAAGCCCUGCACCCUCACAUUCAAGCACUGUGCCCAGCAGCCCAGCCAGGCCCGCACCUACUGCAGCAACACUCCCCUGCUGGAUGCCAAGAACUGGAGACCCCUGGGACGGCGGGGGGCCCACACUUCCAGGGAUGAAUGUCGUAUCCUUCUCUCUCACUUCAGUCUCUACACCUGUGUGCUGGAGGUGCCCCUGGGCCAGACAGCCCGAAAGUGGCUACAGCUGGCUGUGUUCUGCUCCCCACUGACACCGGGGCAGACCCACCUGCAGCUUCGUGUGUACUUCCUGAACAAUACGCCCUGCGCCUUGCAGUGGGCCAUCACCAAUGAACAGCCCCACGGUGGGCGCCUGCGUGGGCCUUGCCAGCUCUUCGACUUCACAGGAGCCAGAGGUGACCAGUGCCUGACGCUCAAGUACAUCUCUGAGGGUUGGGAGAAUGUGGAUGAGAGCAGUUGCCAGUUGGUUCCCCAUCUCCACAUCUGGCACGGAAAGUGUCCCUUCCGCUCUUUCUGCUUCCGGAGAAAGGCAGCCAAUGAGAGUGAGGACUGCUCGGCAAUAACCAAUGAGAUCAUCGUCACCAUGCAUACCUUCCAGGAUGGCUUGGAAACCAAGUACAUGGAAAUUCUCAGAUUUCAGGCAUCAGAGGAGGAGUCCUGGGCAGCCCCACCUCCUGUCACACAGCCACCGCCAUGCAAUAGGUUGCCCCCAGAGCUCUUUGAACAGCUUCAGAUGUUACUGGAGCCCUACAGUGUCACUGGUAAUGACUGGCGCAGACUAGCUUCCCAUCUGGGGCUCUGUGGCAUGAAAAUCCGGUAA